CUUCACAAUUGAAUCCCUUUUGAGAAACUUGAGAAAAUGGCGACACCAUUGAUUCCAUUUUGUUCUGAAAAUGCGAAAUUUCUUUAUAAGGAAAGCUCCAAAUUCAGAGAUGAUUCAGCAAAAUUCUCCCGAAGAAGCAAAUUGGGGGAAGAAUCCUUAUCCUUCGUCAUCUUCUUCAACCGUCAAACUGCUGAUUCAGACGCCGCGUGGUGUGUCGCCAUUAUCGUUAUCGUUAUCUUCUUCACGUUUCCCAAUAACCCAUUUUUAUUAUUAUUAUUUUGCCUCGUUCUGUGGAUUACUGAGUUCUUUUUUUAUUAGCCGAUUCUAGAAUUUGGGGGGAAAUUUUGAGCUUCAAUUCCCAGCUUAUGUGUCUCUGAUUUCUUGGAGUUUUGCACGAAUUUAGUUGGGGUUGGUUCGUUUCGAGCAAUGGGUUUUGUUUGUCGGCGAUUUUAAUUUCUAGGUCUUCGAAGAUUGCGUCGGGUUGGUUGGUGGAUCGAUCUAUUUGGUGCUGCUUACGCGUUCAGGGUAAUCAAAUUUGGAUUUCUUGAGGGGGUUUCCUUUGGAUUUGGGGAUUGAUUCUUGCUUUAUAAGGUCAGAUUGAGGAGCUCAUUAAUUACCAUACAUAUGUUAUUCGGAUUUAUUACUGGAAUUCACAUUGUUCUUCUCAUUUGGCGAUCCUUCUUUUUGUCUACUGAUUCAUUUUGAAGAGCUGAAGAGUUGAGUAUACUGUUGAAUUUGAAGCAAUUUACAUGGUUUCUUCAUUCUUGAUCCAUCUGGGAUGAUCAAUCUUUGUUCCCAUUGAUUAAUAUGUUGCAUUGAAGUUUGCAGAGACCAAAUUUUCCUGUCAGUUGGCUUGUUAUAUCCAUAUACUUCCUUACCCUGUAACACACAAUCCAUUAUUUUUUGACUUUAAGCUCCGUUACUCUACAUCCUUAGAAAACUGUGUAGAUUUUUUUAGAAUUAUGGACAUUAGUAAUGAGGCCAGUGUUGGUUCCUUUUCUAUUGGGCCAUCGACCAUUGUUGGUCGAACAAUUGCUUUUAGAAUAUUGUUUUGCAAAUCAGUGUCCCAAUUGAGGCAACAAGUCUUCCGUAUUCUGCUAAAUAUCAUCUAUAGAUUUAGGGCCCUUGUACCACCCAUACUAUCAUGGAUGCAUCCUAGGAAUCCACAAGGGAUAUUGGCAAUGGUGACGAUUAUUGCCUUUUUGUUGAAACGAUACACUAAUGUCAAAGAGAGGGCCGAAUUGGCUUACCGGAGGAAAUUUUGGAGAAACAUGAUGAGAUCUGCCUUGACCUAUGAGGAGUGGGCUCAUGCUGCUAAAAUGCUUGACAAAGAAACCCCAAAAAUGAACGAGUCGAACCUCUAUGACGAAGAGUUGGUGAGGAACAAGCUUCAGGAGCUUCGCCACCGUCGCCAAGAGGGAUCUCUCAGAGAUAUAAUAUUUUGGAUGAGAGCUGAUCUCUUCCGAAAUCUUGGCAAUAUGUGCAACCCCGAGCUACACAAGGGUAGGCUUCAAAUUUCCAAACUCAUAAAGGAGUACAUAAAUGAGGUUUCAACUCAGUUGAGGUUGGUCUGUGACUCGGACUCGGAGGAACUGUUAUUGGAAGAGAAGCUCUCAUYCAUGCAUGAAACGAGGCAUGCAUUUGGAAGGACUGCGCUGCUCUUGAGCGGGGGUGCUUCGCUUGGAGCUUUUCAUGCAGGAGUGGUUAAAACUCUGGUAGAACAUAAACUUUUGCCCAGAAUAAUUGCUGGUUCUAGUGUAGGAUCCAUCAUGUGUGCUGUUGUUGCCACUAGGUCUUGGCCGGAACUACAAAGCUUUUUCGAUGAUUCUUGGCAUUCAUUACAGUUUUUCGACCAGAUGGGUGGCAUUUUUACUGUGGUAAGGAGGGUAAUGAUACAAGGUGCUGUUCACGAGAUUCGGCAAUUACAAAUUAUGUUAAGGCAGCUCACUAGCAACCUAACAUUUCAGGAAGCUUAUGACAUGACAGGUAGAAUCCUUGGGAUAACGGUUUGUUCCCCGAGGAAGCACGAGCCGCCUAGAUGUCUUAACUACUUAACAUCUCCUCAUGUUGUGAUAUGGAGUGCUGUAACGGCAUCUUGUGCAUUCCCUGGCCUUUUCGAGGCACAAGAACUAAUGGCCAAGAACAGAAGCGGAGAGAUUGUUCCCUAUCAUCCACCGUUUAAUCUGGAUCCUGAGGAGGGCUCAGGCUCAUCGGCACGUCGUUGGAGAGAUGGCAGCUUGGAGAUUGAUUUGCCGAUGAUUCAGUUGAAAGAAUUGUUCAAUGUUAACCAUUUCAUUGUCAGUCAGGCAAAUCCCCAUAUUGCACCAUUGUUGCGAAUGAAAGAAUUCUUCAGAGCUUUUGGGGGAAAUUUUGCUGCCAAGCUUGCUCAUCUCUUUGAAAUGGAGGUAAAGCAUAGAUGCAACCAGAUUUUAGAACUCGGUUUCCGGUUGGGAGGGAUUGCGAAACUUUUUGCUCAAGAUUGGGAAGGAGACGUCACAGUCGUCAUGCCUGCCACUCUUGCUCAGUACUCGAAAAUUAUUCAAAAUCCUACACAUUUGGAUCUUCAGAAGUCAGCGAACCAAGGUAGGAGGUGCACCUGGGAGAAGCUAUCAGCAAUAAAAGCCAACUGUGGCAUUGAGCUCGCAUUGGAUGAAUGUGUUGCAAUUCUCAACCAUAUGCGGAGGCUGAAACGGAGCGCUGAAAGGGCUGCUGCUGCCGCUGCCGCCUCACACAGCCCUUCGAUCCCAGUCAAGUUCAGUGCUUCAAGAAGAAUUCCCUCUUGGAACUGCAUUGCACGAGAAAACUCAACUGGUUCGCUCGAAGAGGAAUACCUCGCCGAUGUUGCUUCAACGCACCAUCAAGGUAUUGGUGGAUCGAUAGGUGCAGGAUCCUCUGGCAGGAUGUUUCGAACCCACCGUAACAUGUUUGAUGGUAGUGAUAGCGAAUCUGAGAAUAUCGAUUUGAAUACUUGGACUAGAUCUGGUGGGCCAUUGAUGAGAACAGCAUCAGCUAAUAAGUUCAUAGACUUUGUUCAAAAUUUGGAUCUUGAUGAUCUCAACAGAGGUUUGGUAGCUAAUUCCAGUGCACAUCAGUCAGUCGGUGGUAGUCAAAAUUCUCAAAGCCCCCGAACCAUGUCCGAGCGCAGUUCGGACAGCCCUGAUUUCGACAUGAGGGAUCUUAGUAAUCGAGUUUCUUCAAGCAUUCUUUUAACUGAAGGAGACUUUUUGCAGCCUGAAAGAAUACCAAACGGGAUUGUGUUCAACGUUGUAAAGAAGGAAAAUCUGACUUUGGCGAGUAGGAGCCAUGAUUCAGAAACUCAAAACAGCGAAGUCGAAUGCUUGCAAAUCGACUGUUCGGAAAAAGAUAUUGAUGCUAGCUCGGUAUCUGAUUGUGGUGGCAAUGAAGAAUAUGCCACACCACACGGCUGCUUUCAGGAACCAAUACCAUCUCCAAAAAGAAAUCCAGUCAAUAAUUCCGAGCAGCAAGAUGGUCGAGAUCAAGUAUUUAUGGAUACUUAACUUCGUUGAACACCUUGUAUGAUUUGUAGUUCUCCCCAUCAAUUGAAAUGCCAGGCAACAUCUCAUUCCAGGAAGAAUAAAUAUCGUCGCUCGAGCUCACUCGAUCGAGUUCUGAUAAUCACACUGAAAUACAGAAGUAGUUUAAGGAACAUGAUAGUUGAACUGUAAAUACACAAAAGUGUUAUAAGAACUGUUAUUGUCAUUCAUAUGAAAGCGUAGCUUCAUGUGCUCAAUAGCUCAAGUGAAGAAGCAACUGGACAGAAAGUAAUAAAAAGAUGGUUUCCUCUCAUGUUUCCUUUUCUUCAGAGGAAUUUGUGAGAGCUUGAGAAGUAACAAGUGAAUAAAUAUUUGCAUAACAAAGAGGUUGUGGA